UGCACACGCCCCUUUUAGCUGUCGACCCUGAGCAUAGCGCCGCUCGGAGACACACACAACACACACUUUAUAAACAUGCACACGCUCCUGGAUGUACACUGAGGAGACCGACGUGCACAACUCCACCACCGGUUACGAGAAACGCAGUAAGGAUGGAGGGAGGACCUCAGCAGAACCAGGCUGGACCGGGGGAGGCUAGCGCCCCCCCCUGCCUCCCCCCCAGCACCCCCACCACCCCCACCCCGCCAAGACUCACCCCCACACCCCCAAGACUCACCCCCACACCCCCAAGACUCACCCCCAACCCCACCCUCCUAGACAUCCCCCCGCCAACACUCGGCCCCACCUCCAACUCGCCCCCUCCCCCCCUUACCCCGGCGCCCUCUCUCUCCGCCUCCUUGCACGCCCCCAAAGCCCCGCCCUCGCACGCCCCCAUCCCGGCCCCGCCCAAGCUCACGUCCACCGCGGGCCCCGCCCUGCGCACCUACUCUCGCCCCAUCCUCCCCUCCCCCGCGGGUCAAAGGUCAAAGCCCCCCUCCUCCCCCACCACCCAACCCACCGGCUCCCCCCUGGCGGCCCCAACUGCCACCCCCGGCCCCUCCUCUUCGCCGUCACCCUUGGCAACCAGCUUCGCCCCAUUCGCCGCCUCCACCUCCUCCUCUUCCUCUUCCUCCUCGUCUCACGGGAACCCGGCCCUGUGUGCCAAGGCGGCCGGCGGCCUGACCAAUGGGAACGCGAAGCCCGUGUCCACGGCGACCUCGGGACCAAUCACGCCCUUCCACACUCCCGCCAGUCCCGCCGGCCGACAGGGACCACAGACCAAUCCGAUGGGGAUACCGGGUCUCGUGCGAGCCAAUCAGAGCCCGGCGCCCGUCAGGCAGGGGGUUUCCCAGCAGGCAUUGCUCUUAGGGAAAAGCCUCAAAGGGUCUGGCCAAGAUCAGGUGCUGCUCAGAGCCCAGAUGCUUAUUCUCACGUCUGCAAUGCGUCCCGUCUCUUCCUCCGCUACUUCCUCCUCCGCCUCCUGCUCUUCCUCCUUCUCCUCCUCUUCCUCUCAUCCUGCUUCCGCUCAGCUCCAGAGCCUCACCCUCCGGCCCCCCCCCCCUGGGACCCUCGGCAUCCCCCCCUCCCUCCGCCUGAAGCCCCCCCUCUCGGCCCCCCCCACCCUCGCUCGCCCGCGGACCCCUCUCUUCCCCCCGCUCAGGCCCCGCCCCCAACCCAGCGCCACGGCGACGGAGGGCCCGAUCCCGCCCAACCGCCACCUCUCCGUCGCGCCCCCAGCUCUCUAUUCUCCAGUGAGGGCCGUCCCCCUGAGGCCACGGCUCAACCCCGCUAACGGCUACAGAGCCCCGCCCCCCCGGCCGAGCCCCGCCCUCCAAUCAGCCGCCUCCGCCGCACAGAACCCGCCCCUCCACAAGCCGCCGCCCUCCUCCCAAACCGGCCAAUCGCAGAAGAGCUCCGUCGCCGUGGGCGCCGCGCUGUCCCGCUUCGACCGGACGCCGUCGGCCGCGCGCCAGCUGCAGAUCAUCGCGCUGUCCUCCGGUCGCCAGGGGCAACACGCCCCCGCCGCCGGCAGCUCCAAGGCCGCCGUCCAAUCACAGUCAGCGGAUCCCCCGGUGGCGGAGCCGCCGCCGCCGCCGCCCGCCGCGGAGAAACCAGCGGGGGGGCGACCGGGGGGAGGGGAACCCCUCCCUCCCCCCCCCUGUGUGAAACCCGCCCCCCCGCCCAAGAAGACAGCAGCGACCUCCCCCCUGCCCUCCCCCCCCUUGUCACUGAUGUUCUCCUCCUCCCGGUCCCCUCCCCCGCUGCCUCCCCCUGCCCCCUCCACCCCCGCCUCCCCCCCGGGGGCGACAGCCUCCCCCCCCCGGGGGGGGGUGGCGGCCCAAAGGGGGGCGAGGAAGCACUCCCUCACGACGUCCACGGAGGAGGAGAGGAAGGAGCAGGGAGGAGGAGGAGGAGGAGGAGGAGGAGGAGGAGGAGGAGCAGGGAGGGAGAGAGAGCCGACGGGGGAGAGAGAGCCGACGGGGGAGAGAGACAACCAAAGAGAGGAGAAGGAGAGGGUCAAGCUUGUGCGCCGAGAGAGCGCCGCGGUCAAGGAGGAGGGGCUUGUGUCGGAGAAGGAGGCGGAGCUCCCUCGGAGGGCCAAGGAGCCCAGGCUGGAGGUGGUGGUGGUGGGCGGGGAGGAGAGGGCGGAGGGGACGGAGGAAGGGGAGGGGGGGAGACGAGGCAGCACGGAGAAGAGGAGGAGAGAGAGACGGGAAGGAGAGGACGCGUGCGGCGGGGACCAGCCGGAGAACCACGGCAGUAAGAAGCUCCGCCUCUGGUACCAGAACCCAGAGCCCCACCCAAAGACAAAGCAGAACCCGGGUACGGCCCCCCCCCCGAGCCCCGAACCCCGGCCCCUCCUGGACCUCACCACCAAACCAGUAGCAGCCCCCAGCCCACUCCCAGUCCAGCUACCAGUACCGGUCCCGGAACCACAGCUCCCAGUGCACCCCCAGCGGCCUCCAGAGCCCGGGAGAGACCCUCAACCCGGCGGACCGGAAGACCUCUGUGAGAGCAUGUCCACCCAGUCGGACAACCAGUCGGCUCUGUCCAGCCUCUCGUCCCAGUCCCCCCCGACCUCCCCCCCCGUCGCCGCCCCCCCAGCGGAGCCCUGCCCCCCCCCGCCCCCCCGCAUGCCCCCGGCCCGGCCGGACCACCUCGACCUAUCGCUGUGCAGCACCGAGGGGCUCGGCCAAUCACAGGAAGGGGAGGGCGACCCCCUGGACCAAUCGGUGGAGGGGGAGGAGGAGCUGGGCGACGGGUGGAUGCCGAGGGCGUGGCCUGAGGGCCGGCAGGUGCUGACUCACCUGGUGGAGGGCUUCGUCAUCAAGGAGGGUCUCCAGCCGUUUCCCGUGAACCGGUCCUCCCUACUGGUGAGGGAGCCUCCGGACACGCCCCCGGAGGCCGACGGGACCAAUGGGAAGGAAGAGUUCCCUGUGAAGGAAGCGGUGCCGCCGGCGGGACCCACGACGGAUUCGGAGGAGGAGGAGGAGGAGGGGGGGGGGGGGGGACGCGGACGAGAUAGAGACCGGGCUGUGCUCCACUGUCAGUUCUGCGGGAAGAGAGGCCAGGCCCACAGCUUCAUGCGUUCCAAACGCUUCUGUUCCACUUCCUGUGCCCGAGGGUUCAACGUGCGCCUGACCAAGCGUCUGCGGGCUCUGAGCGCGGGCAGCCGGUCAGAGAGACCCCGCCCCGUCCUGAACCGGGCCUCCUCCGUGCCCGGGAAACCCCUGCUCCUCAGACUGCCUCGAGACCUGUGGAGCACUAGCCGCCGGGAAAAGAGCGAACGGCGGGAGGAGGAGAAGAGGCGGAAAGCGGAGGAAGAGGAGGAGGAGCAGGAGGAGGAGGAGGUGGAGGAGCAGGACGUCGACGACGACAACGAAGAAGACGAGGAGGAGGAGGAAGAGGAGGACGAGGAGGAGGAAGAGGAGAGGGACGACCCGUCGUUCUCGGCGACCACGAAGCCCAGCGAGUGUCGCCCGGCGCGGCGCCCGCGAAGGGCGUCGGAGCCCGCCGUCACCACGGCAACGCCCACCUCCACCUUCAAGCCCCGCCCCUCGGCGUGGAGCGUGGAGGACGUCACCGCCUUCAUCCACACGCUGCCAGGGUGCAGCGAGGUGGCCGAGGGCUUCAGGCUCCAGGAGAUCGACGGCCAGGCGCUGCUCCUCCUGACCGAAGACCACCUGAUGACCAGCAUGAACAUCAAGCUGGGCCCCGCCCUCAAGAUCUGUGCCCACAUCAACGCCCUCAAGAACCAAUGAGGGGGGCCGAGCCGCCUGACUGACAGGAGGGGGCGGGGCUAGGAGAAGAUGUGGAUUAUGAUGAUGAUGAAUAAACAAGUGCACAAAAGGAGGAGAGGGAGAAAAAGGGUGGGGUUUAAAGUUAUUGUGGGCGGGGCCCCGGACACCAGUGAUGAUGACUAUGGGGAGAUAAACAUCAAAAGACAGAAAGAAUUCAGAUUUGUUUUAAUUUAUAUUGACCGGGGAUGAGAAGGGAGGUUUUUAUAGAGGGGUUGGAGGGGAAGACGGCGGCGAUCAACGAAAAUGAAUCUGUGGCUGGAUAUAAAGAUGUUGUUUUUUUUAUCUUUCUGUAUAUUUUACAACGCAGCUGGAGAGUGUAAAUUUGAAGCUUUCACGGAAGGAUUUUGAACAUUUUAAUAUAUAAAUUUGUCUAUUUAGUUUUUUUAGAAUGUGAGUCCCAACGACGAAGCUAUCCAGUAGAGAACAUAACCCGUGUGUGUAAAAGAAAAAAAAUGAAGUAGACUUUGUAAGUUAUUAAUCAAAGUUUAAUGUUUUAUAUCUCUGUAACCUCUGGACAAAAAUAUGUCUGUCACUAUCAGGGUCCAGACCCAUGUCUUUAAUGGUCACAUUUUUAUCGUAUCAUGCUCAAAUUAUUUAAUAAAUCAAGAAUUAAUCCAUCAGA